AUGGUUGCAACGAGACGAGUGAAUCCAGCCCGUGGCACCUUAGUUGGGACAAUUAUGAGAGAAAUGAUUUGCUUCAUCUCACUUCAAGCUCAUUUCCUUUUUGCUCUACUACGCCACCAUUGUUUGUUCACUCCACCCACAGAGCCAGUGGUCUCGAUGACGACUGAGUGGGGUUCUGCCGCGGCUGGUACAAUUCCUAUUGAUGCCCAGUUCACCUGCGGUGAUGGUGCUCGCACGGCCUGGCUUCCCUUGCCCCAUAGCUCCAUCGCUUCAUCUGGCUGCUGUAUCUCUCUCCACCUCUCUAAACACUUGACCUUUCUUCGGGUCAUCUCCUCCACUGCCCCACUCCGGCCUCGUGUGAGCUCGCUCGUCGCUCUGCCAACCCGUCGCGUUUCUGCUCGGCCAUGUGUAUCUCUGCCCUCGAAAGCCCAUAUGCAGUCAUACAUGCACAAGAAGGGAGGAGCAGAUGAACUUACUCAGUCGAAGAGGUGA